AGCCAUGAGACCUCCAAGAGGUGGUGGAUUCAGGGGCAGGAGUGAUGGUGGCAGAGGCCGAGGAAGAGGAGGUGGAGGCCGAGGUGGUCCUGAAGGCCGGGGUGGUGGUGGAAGAGGACGCGGUGCUGGUCGAGGUGGUGGUGGAAGAGGGCGUGGUGGAGGUCGCGGUGGUGGCCGUGGAGGUGGAAUGAAGGGAGGAAGCAAAGUAGUGGUUCAGCCGCAUAGGCAUGAUGGAGUCUUCGUUGCCAAGGGGAAGGAAGAUGCCCUUUGUACCAAGAACAUGGUUGUCGGUGAAUCCGUUUAUGGUGAGAAGCGCGUUGCUGUGCAGAAUGAAGAUGGAACCAAGGUUGAAUACAGGGUUUGGAAUCCUUUCCGAUCGAAGCUUGCAGCAGCCAUUCUGGGUGGUGUUGACAGGAUUUACAUUGCUCCUGGAGCUCGGGUGCUUUACCUUGGAGCUGCAUCAGGAACUACAGUCUCUCACGUAUCUGAUAUUGUUGGGCCUACUGGAAUGGUUUAUGCUGUUGAGUUUUCACAUAGAAGUGGAAGGGACCUUGUUAACAUGGCAAAGAAGCGGACAAAUGUUAUUCCCAUUAUUGAAGACGCUAGGCAUCCUGCAAAGUACAGAAUGUUAGUUGGAAUGGUUGAUGUUAUCUUCUCUGAUGUUGCUCAGCCAGAUCAGGCUAGGAUUUUAGCGUUGAAUGCUUCAUACUUCUUGAAGAACGGGGGUCACUUUGUUAUAUCCAUCAAGGCCAAUUGCAUAGACUCCACCGUACCUGCUGAAGCUGUGUUUGCUCAAGAAGUAAAGAAGCUGCAGGCUGAGCAGUUCAAGCCUGAGGAGCAAGUCACUCUUGAACCUUUUGAGCGAGACCAUGCUUGUGUUGUUGGUGGAUAUCGGAUGCCGAAGAAGCAGAAGCCAGCUACUUGAAAAGCUUCGUCAGC